AUGCCAGCAUACCUUGUACCGCAUCCAACGGAUGCCCAGAUUGACUGUGCGGUCGGAAUCUGUAUCCGCGCAUACGACGGCGAUACUGCGCUAAAAGCUAUGAUUGGAGGUGAUCUCAAUCUUGCCGACAUUUUUUUCCGCUCUAUGCUACGAGGUGGCGCGCUCGAAGGCUCGCUCUAUAUUGCGAACGACGGAAAAGAUGCCUCUGCUAUCUCCUCGGUGUCUGUUUGCUUUCCGCCAGGCGUCUCUUGUUGGGGAAGCGAAGAGCAGCGGAAACUGGGAUUCUAUGAGCUUUGGGACGGAUUAUCCCCUGAAACGAAACGUUGGUGGGAGGGUUUUCAGAAGGACAAUAUUCAAUGGUUGAGAUCUCUACUAGGCCCAAAUCUCGGAACGGAAUGGGUGGUCAGUCUCAUUGCGACCAACCCUGCUGAGCAGCACCAAGGUCUCGCCACAUCUAUCAUGAAUGCAGUCUGUGACCAGGCGGCGCGCGAGCACAGAAUGGUGGGACUGUCUACGCAGACUGCGGACAAUGCUGCGUGGUACGAAAGCCUAGGAUUCACUAAGCUCGCUAUAGGAGACCUAAUGGGCGGCUUCAAAAUGUAUUUCGAGCUGGAGAGCCUCUCUUCAAGCCAUGCCAGACAAGGGCUCGCGGGCACUCUGCAUCCUCACUCUCUUCGCUCACGACUUGGUGCAUCACGACUGUCCUUGAUCGCAUAUUACCGGCUCAAUACGAAGGAUUUAGCCAAGAUACGUAGCUUUGCGGAUGAUGAGGAUAGAGCGAUCUCGACGGUGAUGAAGGCAGUCGAUGCGUUGAGUGUGAUGUAUGAGGCGAAAGACAGAACCCGCAUCUCAGACACCGACGUCCGCGCAACCCAAGUCGAACCAGAGCGUCUCUGCACUCCCGAAACCGGUUACAUCGCUACUUUCCUUCUAUCCUCUUCUGAGCUCUCCCUCAUCGCGAGGGGCGUGGCCCGGAUGAGCGAGCUCGCAGAGAUCAAUAUCGACGUCAAAGGGGACGACAGUGUUUCGUGUGGCGGAUUGAACGGAAGCUAUUGAGGCCAGUGGGAAGGUCCCGCACCCGAAUUCGAAUCUGUGGAAGUCGGACAUGGGGACCAGCGAGGAGGCGGUGGAAGUGAAGCCGGAAACGGAUGUCGCAAGGGGUCUCGAGAACGUUGGAAAGGAGGUCGAGAUGGCUGUAAAGACGGAGACGAUCAAUGAUUUGGUGAUGGAUUAUUAUCGAGUGGGCACCGACCUACGUGUAAAGUCAGAACGUGCAGAGGGCGAUGGAAGGGAAUCAUCACUGAUUCUCUAGAAACUCCACGAUGUCCACCUUCGCCGUCCGAUGUCCCUAUCAAAGUGGAAAACAUCGCAUUUGCCUUCCCAUCACGUAAACUUUUCCGUCGCCCUCAACAUCUCUAAGCCUUUCCGAAAUGCGCAUCACUCGCGGGUCUAGUCAAAGUCUCGCUUGAGAAGGAGCGUCCUCCAAUCGUGGAAUACUCAGCCGACAACAGACUUGUCUAAUAUUAACCGGAUCCAAUGAUCGGGCCCCGGGGGCGAGAUAGCGGACGAAGAAGAAUGUCCCUGGCAGCCUUCGCGCACUGCCAGUGCUGCUAGUUUCUCUGUCUCAGCCUUGAUGGUGUCUCAUGCGCUUUCGCUCGUCAGCCCACACUCAUGGGCACUUCCCUAGUGAUGCACCGAUCGCCAGGUCUAGCAUGAUAGACCUUGAUGCUAUAUUUCUCUCGCGUGUAUCUCCCUUGAUAUACCCCGGGAUUGCUUUCACCGCUGUUUGGUGGCGUAUCGAGGUGCCACUUGGCUGUGGCAACGCACACGCGUAAGCAC